GCCAAAUGUCGUUUAGGGCUGGAAUAGUAAAAUUACAGCAUCUAUCAGAAAAACUAUGGCGAAAAACGGUGGAGAGAGGCGCGCCGACCACUGCACUCCAGCGCCGCCGUUUCCGGCCGAUGGAGGCUAUUACCAUUACGAAGAACGGCAGGACCAAUUCCACGGCAGCCACCAGCACCAGAACCAAUCGGACCACCGCCACCACCAAAAUUUAAACGGUCAGCUGAACGAGUCCACUGGCUUCCACCUCAGCGGCGACUCCAAAUAUUCGUUGCCUCUCUCUGGGCAAAAGAGACCAAUUCCUCACUCCAACAGUGUUGAUUACAACGGAUUUGUGAAGCUAUACGUUGUGGGGAUACCUAAAACAGCUACUGAACUUGAUGUUAGCGCUGUUUUUGGGGAAUUUGGAGAUAUUACUGAGGUUGUUCUUCUCAAGGAUAAGCGGACCGGUUUACAGCAGGAGUGUUGCUUUGUGAAGUAUGCAAGGAUUGACCAAGCUGAGCAUGCAAUGGGAGCAUUUAACUGUCACUAUACUUUCCCUGGGGCAGCGAUUCCUCUAAAAGUUAAAUAUGCAGAAAGGGAACGCGAACGCCUUGGGAGCUUUGGUGCACAGUUCCACAAGUUGUAUGUUGGCUGCUUGAAUAGACUGGCUGCGAGAAGGGAUAUUGAAGAAAUAUUUUCUCCCUAUGGUGUCAUUCAGGAGAUUUUUAUUGUUCGGGACGAAUUCAAGAAAAAUCGUGGAUGUGGCUUUGUCGAAUAUAUUUCUAGAGAUAUGGCACUUGCUGCAAUUCAUGCAUUAAAUGGAAUAUAUGUGAUGAGAGGAUGUGAACAACCAUUGAUAGUGCGGUUUGCAGAUCCGAAGAAGCCACGGAUAGGGGAUUCAAGGCCUGCUUUAUAUUCCAAUGAUCCAGCUAGUGUGCGUAUGCUGCCUAUUGAAAUGCAACAAAUGAAGUCUUUACAUUCAGGAUGCAAGAUAGAAAUAAUUGCAAGCAAUGAUUCUGCACCUGUAUCCAGUGCAUUUGAUUCCAGUGCUGAGGUAGAGAACUCUAUAGAAUGUGACUGGAGUGAGCAUGUUUCUCCAGAUGGCGAUGUGUAUUAUUAUAAUUGUGUCACAUGUGAAAGCAGGUGGGAGAAGCCUGAGGAGUAUGCAAUUUAUGAAGAAGAACUUGAUGAACUAGAAGAACAGCAACAGCACCUGCACGAGUCAAAUUUACAGCCACUUUUGUCCCAGGAGGUAUCUGAAGCGCAAAAGGUAGCUGCUCUCACAUGAGUUCACAAAAAGGAAGCAAAGCUGUUGGAAUCAUGUAUGGUUAGUUUUAGUUGACUGCCUUGUAUUUCAGUUAAGUUAAUUAUUAAGUAUGUUAUGUGGAUGACAGGUGUAGAGGUUGAGGGUAUAACGUAUGAAAAGUGACUUGUAUUUUGUGGCACAUUUUUCGCUGAAAUAGUACUCUGUAUAUGUUUCUGUUGCAUAGAAUUCAUAAUACUGAGGAGGAGCUAGAUUCACCAUUUUGUCAA